AUGGACAAUCUCGUACCAAUCGGCAUGAUCUAUUCAACACUAAUUCUAUCCAUCAUCGGUUUCAUCGGCAAUCUAACCAUCGUGAUAAUUACGAUAUUGAACAAAUCGCUGAAAACGCGCUGCAACAUUCUCGUCGGCCUUCUCGCUUUUUGGGACGCCGUCGUUUGCAUUUAUCUCAUUCAAUUGCGAAUAAUGAUGCUUCUCAAUUUUUAUAUGAUCAAUUCGAUGUUCUGCUACACAUUAUCAGCGUAUGGGCUGUUCGCGUUGAAUAUGCAAAGUUCGUUGGGUCUUGUGAUCGGCUGCGAUCGACUUUACAAUGUUUCGUUUCCUUUAAAAUAUUCCAGAGUCCCGAAUAUUUUUUACACGUUUGCCAUUGCUAUAUGCGUCUUUUUCUCAUUCUUAAUCACUUUUUUAGGCUACUUGAGUGCAUCAGAAAAAGUGAAAGUUGCGGUGUGCCUACCGCCAACAGCAUACAAUGGCCAGUCAAGAUAUAUUUGGAUUGCAUCAAAUUUUGUUAUAUCAAUUAUUGUUAUUGGUUUAUAUGGAACUUCACAUAUCAAAUGCAAAGCGCUUAUGAAAAAUCAUAAGCACAAUCAUACGAUUCGAAUGAUCCAAAAGCUCAUGAGAUCAUUGAAUGUGGUCAUCGGAAUUUACGUUUCAACGUGGUUUUUGACCAUUUCGGCGCUUGUUAUUACCCAGAUGUUUGAGCUGCCGCCAGGAGUCAUUGCAGAAAUCAAUCAGCAACUUGGUUGGCUUGUAAUCAUCAAUGCAUCGCUGAACGUUUUUGUGUAUUUCUGGAGAACAUCGGAAUACAGGAGAUCUAUAAUCAAAUUGUACAGUUUCGGAAUAAUAAAACUGGAAAAAAGCUCAAUUGCUCCAAUAUCUCAAAUUCAUCGUUCAUCAAUUAUUCGUUAG